CCUGUAAUCCCAGCACUUUGCGAGGCAGAGGGAGAUGGAUCACCUGAAGUCAGCAGUUCAAGAGCAGCCUAGCCAAAAUGGCAAAACUGUGUCUCUACUAAAAAUACAAAAAUUAGCUGAGUGUGGUGGCAUGCUCCUGCAGUCUCAGCUACUUGGGAAGCUAAGGCAAGAGAAUCCUCGAGCCCAGGAGGUGGAGGUUGCAGUGAGCUGAGAUUGUGCCAUUGCACCCCAGCCUAGGUGACAGAGCGAGACUCUGUCUCAAAAAAAUAAAUAAACCAUACAAGGAUGUUCAUAGUAGCCUUGCUGAAAAGAGGAAAAAAAUGGAAAUAACCUAAACUACUCACAAUAGGAAUCAGCUAAACAAUUCCAGGGAAUACUGUUAACAAUGCCAAUGUGGACUGAGUAAAACUAAGCGGCUGUUGAUGACUUCACAUUAAACAAAAUGGCACAAGAUAUCACAGCAGGUCCUUGCUGAGCUAUUCAGAGGGAUGGAGGUCAUUUAGAGGUUCAAGUCCACUGGAGUCUUCUUUUUUUCAUUUAAUAUUAGUUCACUUCCAAAUAAAACGAGGAAAGGAAAUCAUGCCCAGUCCUGAGUCUUACCAUCCUUGCGACUGAAGAAUCGCCCUUCCUUUUGUCUCCAGCAGGUGGCAGACAUGUUCCAGGGAUGGAUCCUGAAGUCUCUGCAGAUGAUCCAGGUGCUCCCAACAGCAGGUCCUGGAUGGCUUCAUGGAACACAACCUGUGGUGUGCACCAAUGAAGAUUCCCACAUAGGACUGGAAACUGUUUUUGAAAAAUGUAACCGGAUGGAAGCCUGGCUGGGAAAUGACUUCAGUCCAUCCCCCUGUGAGCCAAAGUGAGACUCCUGGCUCGGAAGUGCCUGUCACGGUGCACGGGAUCCCCGAGGAGCGUGAGCUGGGAUUUCCUCUGUGAGCCACAUCACGGGAGCCUGAGUGACCAGCACAUCCUCCACUUGUAACCAGAGUCCUGCUCACUCUCCCAAGUAGCCACCCUUGCUCUGGCCCUCUAGUUCUCUCUCUUGCCUUCCAGAAAAUGCCAAGAGGGGCUUCCUUGGUCAGGACAGUCAAUGCUGAGAUUUGUGGAGUUGGGACAAAUGGGAUUUCUUAAAAAGCAUCUUGCUGCCUCUGGCUGGGUCUAUGGGGGCCAAACAGACACCUCUUGGGCCAUUUUUUGGUGAGGUGACAAAUGAACUUGGCCUGAGAAAUGGAAUAGGCCGGGCUCAGCCCUGCGGAACACUCGGAACUGCAUAUUUUCUUUGUUUAGUGGGUCCACAGCUUGUUUUGAGAAUGCCCGAGGGCCCAGGGACAAUUAAAAGCCGGAGCUCAUUUUGAUAUCUGAAAACCACAGCCACCAGCACAUGGGAGGUGCUGGAGAGCAGGCUUGGGCCAAGCCUCACACGUCCCCUCUCUCUGGGUCACCUGGGAGUGCCAGUAGCAAUUUGGAAGUUUGCUGAGCUAGAGGAGAAGUCUUUAGGGAGGGUUUGCUCUGAGCACACCCCUUUUCCUCCCCCCAGGGCUGAGGGAAACAGGGGACCAGCCUGUCUUCAUUGGCUGGCAUGAGGCAGAGAGGGGCUUUAAAAAAGCGACCGUGUCUCGGCUGGGGACCAGAGCCUGUGCUACUGGAAGGCUGCAUGCCCUCCUCUGGCUGGCACCAUGCAGCUCCCUCUAGCCCUGUGUCUCGUCUGCCUGCUGGUGCAUGCAGCCUUCCAUGUGGUGGAGACCCAGGGGUGGCAGGCCUUCAAGAACGAUGACACAGAAAUCAUCCCUGAGCUGGGAGAGUACCCUGAGCCCCCACCAGAGCUGGAGAACAAGACCAUGAACCGGGUGGAGAAUAGAGGGCGGCCUCCCCACCACCCUUUUGAGACUAAAGACAUGUCCGAGUACAGCUGCUGCGAGCUGUACUUCACCAGCUACGUGACCGAUGGGCUGUGCUGCAGCGCCAAGCUGGUCACUGAGCUGGUGUGCUCCAGCACGCGCCUGCUGCCCAAAGCCAUCGGACGUGGCAAAUGGUGGCGCCCGAGCGGGUCUGACUUUUGCUAUCCCGACCACUACCGCGCACAGCACGUGCAGCUGCUGUGUCCCAGCGGUGCGGCCCCGCGUGCGUCCAAGGUGCGCCUGGUGGCUUCGUGCAAGUGCAAGCACCUCACCCGCUUCCACAACCAGUCGGAGCUCAAGGACUUGGGGCAGGCCGCGAGGCCACAGAAGGGCCGGAAGCCGCGGCCCCGUGCCUGGGGCACCAAAGCAAACCAGGCUGAGCUGGAGAACGCCUGCUAGAGUCCACCCGUGCCCCACCCCGCGGCGGGCACCCCAGCCCUGCGCCCCACGUUUCUGUCCUCUGCGUAUGGUUUGAUUGUUUAUAUUUCAUUGUAAAUGCCUGCAACCCAGGACAGGGGGCCCAGACCUUCCAGGCCCUGCAGCAUCCCAGGCACCGGCAAGGCUCACCUUGGCGGGUCAGCUGAGGGGUCCCGCGGGGUAGGGAAGGGAGUUGAGAGUCACAGACACCGAGCCACACAGCCCCUCUGGGUCGCCUACUUUUGCUGGUCCCACUUCAGAGGAGGCAGAAAUGGAAGCGUUUUCACCGCCCUGGGGGUUUAAGGGAGCGGUGUGGGAGUGUGACAAGUCCAGGGACUGGUUAAGAAAGUUGGAUAAGAUUCCCCCUGCACCUCACUGCCCAUCAGAAAGCCUGUGGUGUGCCCAGAGCACAAGACUAGGGGCAUCUGAAGAUGUGGUUUCUAGUCCUGGCUCUGCCACUAACUUGCUGUGUAACCUUGAACUCCACAAUUCUCUUACAGGACCUCAAUUUCCACUUUGUAAAAUGAGGGUGGAGGUGGGUUUAAGAUCUCUAGGAUUCUACUGGCGUAUGAUUCCAAGCACUCCAGUGCUUUUUGAAUGGGCAGAGAUGAGAGAGAGAGAGAGAGAGAAUAAAUGAAUGAGGUUGCAUUGAUUCAAUGCCAAUGUCACUUCCAGAAUUCAGAGUUGUGAUGCUCUCAUCUGACAGCCAAAGAUGAGAAACAGGAAAAAGGAAAAGAGUAAAGAGUCUAUUUCUGGCUGACAAACCCCUAGAAGAAGCUACGUUGCUUUCCAGCCUGGCCUCCCCAGAUGUUUGGCUACCUCCACCCCUCCAUCUCAAAGGAAUAACAUCAUCCACUGGGGUAGAGGAGGAGAGGGUCCUGAAGGUGGUGGGAGGGAUAGAAAUCACAUCCCCCACCAACUUCCCAAAGAGCAGCAUCCCUGCCCUGACCCACAUCCAUAUUUUAAAGUCACCUUCCGAAGAGAAGUUCAAGGUCCCACGAUUGGUCUAGCAGGCCCGAGAGAGCAGCCACCGCACACUCCCAAACCAGGACAUCUUUCUGAGACGCCACCUUCUGCCCACCACUCACAGACACAUUUCUGCCUAGAAAACAGCUUCCUCCUCCUCUUACAUGUGAUGGCAUUUCUUACACUAAAAGAAUAUCAUGGGGAGAAAGAUCACAAGUGCUGUACAUAUGCUGAGCGCUGCACAGCAUAACAGCUGCCACUCGAAAAUAUUUUUGAAAAUCAUUUCCUGACAACCUCUUACUUUCUGUGUAGUUUUGUUUUUUAAAAAAAUGUUUUAAACAGAAGCAGAUGCUGUACGAAAACCUGCAGGACUGGUCGUUUCUUACAAUCCUUCCACAUGGGACUUGUCCACAAGAAUGAAAGUCGUGGUUUUUAAAGAGUUAAGUUACAUAUUUAUUUUCUCACUUAAGUUAUUUAUGCAAAAGUUUUUCUUGCAGAGAAUGGCAAUGUUAAUAUUGCUUAUGAAAUAACAGUCUGUUCUUCCAGUCCAGAGACGUUGUUAAUAAAGACGAUAAAUCAUGA